AUGUCAACAACUUUCGCGUACAAUUCAUCAAACCAAAACAUAUCACACGAAGAUGUUUGCAUUACAGCCUUUGGGGCGUUUUACAGUAACAAAGAUAUCGCGAAGAUAAUAUUUUACGCCGUUAUUAUGGCCUUAAUAUUAUCUGUAAAUUCUAUUUUAAUCCGAGCUUUGUUAAAGAAGAAACGCACGAGGAUUGAUGUUUAUUUUUUAAUUCUUAGUGUAUCAGAUCUUUUUGUUGGCUUGUUAAGUGUACCAGCCGAGAUUAUUAUUCAUAUUGGAUUAAGUGUGGAGACUCUAUGUCUAAUAUCGCCGUAUUUUAAUACUUUUAUGGUCUUUCCUUAUUCGUUUUCAUCUGCAAUGACAAUGAUUAUAUCCACGGAUAGAUGUGUCCUGGUUACAAAUCCAAAUUUUCAUUCUAAAUUUGGUCAACGUUUUCUGACGUACUUUAUUCCAUUUGCAUUCGUUUUUUCUGCAACAAUUAGUUUUCUUAAUGGUCCUUUUGACGACAAGAAUAAAAACAAGCUUGUAAAAAGCGCUGAAGAAAAUGAUUUUAAAAAUAAUUGGACAAUCGUUCCUUUAGUGGUAAUUGCAUGUGAAUUAGUAAUAACUAUUUUAGUGACUGCGUCUCAAAUUUAUCUAGUUUGUUACGUUACAAACCGGCUAUCAAAAAUGAAAAACAAUCGCCAGUCUGAAGUUGACUACAAUAAAAGAAUGUCUUUAACUGUUGCAAUCAUGUUUGCUUGUAGUAUUGCAUGCAACGUACCUCACACGAUAACAUAUUGUUUGUUCAUUAUCAGAAAACACGAUUUGAAAACACAUUUAUACACGACCAGUUUAUUGCACUGGGCUAAUAUGACAAUAUAUUCAAGUUGUUUCUUAAACGCUCUGAUUAUAUUAGGAAGAAGUACGAAAUUGAGGAAACGAUGUUUCACAUAA